CCGUUGCUCGCGGAUGCCGUUGGUUGGGCCGCCACUACGCCGUUUCAAAUUUCGAAGCCCCGUCCUUUCCCCCCCUUCCCAUCUCCUCCCCUUUUCCCACUGGCACGACACAGAUCCAAACCCAAGACGAGUCCAUGGACGAGCGGAGGGAGAUGGAUCCGGCGGCAAGGAGGGCGCCCACCACCAGCGGCACACCCACCGCGACGCGCGGCUCCAGCACGGUCUCCUCCUGCUCCUCCAACUCCAACCCCACCUCUGCCUCCACGGGGACGCCGCCGCCCACCAUAGUGCCGUGGGCGGGGGGUGCGGGGGACAGCCACUACUACCCGGGGUGUCGCAAGGACGCCAACUGCGCCUGCGAGAUGUGCCUCGCCAGCAUCAACGCCACGCGGGACCUCAUCCUCGCGCCCGAGGCGGCCUCCGCGCGCAGGUUCUUCGCUGGCGCCGCCGCCAGGGACCGGAGGCGCGCGCUCUUCUGCCGCGACCGCGACGCGGCGACGCCAGGGUCCGCCGUGACCGAGCCGUGGACGCCGCCGAUGCGGUCCACGGCCAAGUCCAGGCGGCACGGGCGGGCAGCGGAGGCGGCAGCCCGUGGGAGCCGCGGAAAGAGAGGCGGGUCGCACGACUGGGCGCUCUACGCGGCGACGGUUCUUGGGUUCUUGAUUCUUCUGUGGGUGGACACGGGGCUCGUUCCGGAGGCCGCGGCGAGGGGGUUCGGGCCGAGGCUGUCGCCGGAGGCCGUGGCACGGGUGGGGGCCGAAGCGCGCCUAGCGCCUGGAGGCCUGGACAAUAAACUGCGCGUCCUGGAGCGGACGGUCGGGCAGCUCGUCGGCGACGAGAGGGUCGCCAACUGCAGCUUGCAUGACUCCGUCUGGCGGCUCCACCAGGAUGAUCAGCAUGUGUUCCACUGGCGCCGAGCGAUGUACAAGUCGGCUGCGGAGGAGGUCAGCGUCUGGGGGAGCCCUCUCCGCAGCUCCGGACUCCUCCCGGCCACGCUCUCGACGCGGCACCUCACCCUCAUCGCCGGCAAGAUCACCGAGUGGUCCGACGGGAGGGUGUGGCCGACGGUGAGGACGAGCAACAGCAGCUCCUGGGGCUACCGGAGGCACAGCGCGGCAGCGGUUCGGCUGGAGCCGGAGACGUGGGUGCUGGAGUACCAGAGGAGCGCGCUGUUCGAGGGCACACGGCUGAUACCGGCUGCCGCGGAGCUGCUCGUGUCCAGGUGCUCGACGAUGGCACGGCGGGCGCGGCGGUGGCUGGCAAGCCGGCGGUUUGGUUGUGGCGCACAGGCGAACCCAACCUGACUUGGGCUGGCAAUUUGCCGUCUAGGAUUAGCUCUAGUAGGUUAAUCUCAUCUCCUGCGAGGAGAUUUGAUCAGAAUGUUUGUGUUCUUUUGGUUGGUUGCAGUGAUGUGUAGGCAGACAGCCGGAUCAGAAAGCCGCUAAUCUUUUUUCUAAUUAUUCUUCGGAUCAUAAACCAUGAUUAAUUAGUACCUGU